UUUAUAUCCCGGAUAUUUUCCGACGUUUUGUCGACGCGCGAUUUUUUGGAUCUCAAUCCGCUUCAAUCAUGAAGCUGGUCAAAUUUCUCAUGAAGUUGAGCCACGAGACCGUGACGGUCGAGCUGAAGAACGGCACGAUAAUUCACGGAACGAUAACAGGUGUGGACAUCAGCAUGAACACGCACUUGAAGUCGGUCAAGAUGACGGUGAAGGGAAAAGAUCCGAUCAGUCUAGAGACGUUGAGCGUUCGAGGAAAUAACAUCCGCUACAUUGUUCUACCCGACAGCUUACCGUUAGACACACUGCUAGUGGAGGAACCACGAAAAGCAAAGAAAAAGAAGGAAAUCAUUACGUUGGGAAGGGGAAGAGGUCGAGGUCGUGCACGAGGUCGAGGAAGAGGGAGAGGAAGGGGACGGUGAUUUCUUCGAUUCAGUUUCAUGCAUUGAGAACACGAACGUUUUGAGUAACUUCGUCUCCGUAUAUAGCAGUAGGGUAUAGAGUUGCUGCAAGCAUGUGUACAGUGAAAGCUUGUGGCGUAGGUGUAUGCUAGCUGGUGGUGUUGAUGAGGCUCUUAUGCGGUCGUAAGUGUUGCGUUGGUGUGGUGUGUCUCAUUCUUGUUGUUCCUUAUUUCUGUUAGAAGGAUGUAGGAAUGAUGAAUGAUCAUUGUUGUAAGAGAAUGUGGGAAUGAUGUGUGCAGUGUGUGUGUGU